AUGUCAAAUAAGAAGAUACUUGGUACAGGAAAACGUAAUAGUACGAUGCAACAUCGUAUUCGCUUCACUACUAAGCGACCUUCGACGGUUUUGCCGCCUAUGGAACUUCCGUUUCCACCAACCAUAAAUCCUGAGUUUUUAGUAUCGAAAAUCUCCACCAAGAAGGUUCUAGCAAGAUUUCCGAACGAUCUUUCACCCAUGAUUUCUCAUGCUUGGAAACAAGAAAGUGAAGUCGUUAAAGAUGCCUAUACUCGCUUAAGUUUACAGGCCGAAAAAUUAUAUCUUCGCCGUGCUCAAUUUUACUCGGAAGUGCCGGUCUUGACACGCCCAAUUGCGCAAAGAAAAAUCCCGCCAAUUUUCUCAUCCAACCUCGACAGCACUAAUGAAGAACAUCUUUUCAAUUCUCCUUAUACUUGUUCUGCUUCAACGUCACCGACCAUGGAAUUUGAAGAUUUUUUCAAAACUUCAUCUGAACCUAAUAACGCUCGAGAAGAACAAAAUAAUCUCGAUUCGGCCAAUGAUAACAAAUUCGUUCCUGACUGCGGUAAUAUAAAGAUUCCUGGAUUUGCUCAAUUGGUCCAAGAAAAUUGCGUAUAUGAUCCUUUCGAAAUUUACAUUGAUGCAAACACGUUGGGAUUCAACUAUCAUCAUAUGGAUUUCUUUGCUUCUUUAGGAACUGCCAAUUCUUCAUCUGAAAAUUAUCAAAAUGAAGGAAUUCUGACUGAUUUCUCGCCGAUUGUUUCUUCUUAA